AUGGAGCGCAACCCCAUUUCACUCGCCAUUCGCGGCGUCCAGGCCUUAUUCGGCAUCAUUGUCCUUGGUCUCACUGCAUAUAAGCUAACAAGUUUCUCGAACACAGUUGCUUCCGAAGGGUCCUUGGAUUCCUCCAACUUCCUGCUCUUCUGCGGUCUAUGGACAGCUUUCAUCGUUGUUCCCUACAUGCUUCUCGCUCCUACAUACGCUCCCGUAGCCGCGCAUCCCUUCGCGAUAAUUGGCGUUGAUGGCGUAACCAUGAUUUUCUGGUUCGCAGGCUUCAUUGCUCUAGGCUCCAAACUUCCCUCUCCCAGAUUCUGCACUUUCAACGCGUGCCGUGUUCUCCAGGCCGCAACUGUGUUCGGCUCCUUCGAGUGGGUUCUGUUUGUCGCUACUCUUGCUCUCGCGGUUCUUCCCGUCGUUCGAAACCGUGGAACACCAAAGCCGAAUGAAAAUGUACCGCAGCCGAGUAUCUAG